UUGCUUUCGUGGGAGCAUGUGGAGCUGGUCGCAGAGCUAUCAGGAUGUCCACCUCCAUCGGAUCCAGCAACUUGCCAGUAUAGUUACCAUAGCAAGUAUCGUUCCAUAAACGGCAUGUGCAACAACAGGAAGAAUCAUCUCUGGGGAGCAGCCAACAUCCCUUUAAAAAGGUGGCUUCCACCUCAAUAUGAAGAUGGGGUACGACAACCCAAAGGUUGGAAUGCAGGAAGGCUCUAUAAUGGAUUUGAGCUUCCCAAGCCAAAGGAAGUCAGCAUAAAGAUCAUGGGGAGUUCUAUCAAAUGUGAAGACGAUGCCUACUCUCACAUGCUUGUGGAGUGGGGCCAAUACAUUGACCAUGACAUAACGUUCACCCCUCAAAGCCCCGGGAAACCCGGAGAUGACUGCCUGAACUCUUGUAAAAAUGUACACCCCUGCUUUCCAAUCCAGGCACUUGACAACCUCCCAAGUGCACAAAGCUGCCUGCCUUUCAAUCGCUCUUUACCAGCUUGUUUCAAUGGCUUUGGGCGUGACAUCUUACAAGCCGUGCAGCAACAACAGAUGAAUGCCAUCACAUCUUUCAUUGAUGGAUCAGUCGUGUAUGGCUCCGGGCCAAAAGUCAACAACUUACUGCGAGACCUCUGCGGCUUGAAUGGGAAACUCACUGUUAAUGAACAUAUUAUGGACCCCAAAGGAAGACCCUAUUUACCUUUCGAAGAAUCUCUCCAAUCAGUCUGUCUGCAUGGUGAGGAAAAUGUGGCAUGUUUCCGCGCUGGAGACAGUCGGGUCAAUGAGGGUCUGCCUCUGACCAGUUUGCAUCUGCUGUGGCUGAGGCAACACAAUCAAAUAGCCGAGACACUUAAACACCUCAAUGGUCACUGGAAUGCGGAGACCAUAUAUGAAGAAACACGCAAGAUUAUUGGGGCUCUGCACCAGAUUAUAACCAUGAGAGAUUAUGUUCCAAAAAUAAUUGGGAAAGAGUUUUUUGACAAUUACAUUGGACCAUAUGAAGGAUAUGAUCCAACUGUGGACCCAUCUGCCUCGAAUGUUUUUGCCACGGCGGCAUUCCGGUUUGGUCAUGCAACGAUCUCCCCAGUCGUCAGGAGACUCAAUGCAAGCUACCAGGAACAUGAAAGUUUCCCCAGUUUAAAGCUGCAUGAAACCUUCUUCACUCCAUGGCGAAUCAUCGAAGAAGGUGGGAUUGACCCAAUCCUGAGAGGUGCACUUGGAACGCAAGCAGCUGUCCCUCAUUCAAACAAAUUGUUGACAGACGAACUGACAAAGAGGCUGAUUGUUUUAUCUAUUCCACAAGAUAUGGACCUGGCUUCAUUGAACCUGCAGAGAGGGCGAGAUCAUGGACUCCCAGGAUACAACGAUUGGAGAAAUUUUUGUGGACUGGAGCGCAUCAGGACACUGGAAGAUUUUAAACGGGUUGUAAGUGAUGCCAGCGUUGCAGAGAGGAUACUUCAACUGUACAAACACCCUGACAACAUUGACAUAUGGCUCGGAGGACUUGUUGAGACAUUUUCGUCAGGCUCAAGAACCGGUCCUGUGUUUUCAUGCCUGAUUGCAAAGCAGAUGAAAGCACUUCGUGACGGUGACAGGUUUUGGUGGGAGGCAGACGGUAUGUUCAGCCAAGAGCAGAGGGAUGAACUUCUAAAAGUUUCACUGUCUAAGAUCAUAUGUGAAAAUACUGACAUCACAGAGGUCCCACCAGAUGCCUUCAUAUUUGGGAAGUACCCCUCGGGUUACGUCUCAUGUAACAAUUUACCAGCAAUGAAUUUGGAGGCGUGGCGAGAGGAAAAUAGUGAAGAUUUAAAACAAUGUGACUCUCCUGGCCAGAUUGAGAAUGGUGAUUACAUACUGUUCAAGAUAGCUGGCAAAUUGGUGGCCCUGUAUUCCUGUUACCAUGGCUUUAAACUAACAGGAAAUGCCUUGAUUGCUUGUGAAGGAAAUCAAUGGAACAACAAAUUUCCACAUUGUGACGGAAUCUUUUGAAAGUUGGCGAGACAAUGGAGCAGACCUCUCCACCCCAUCCCCACCACAGGAAACACCGGAAUCCUCCUCCGGUUUAAAAAAAACGAUGCCUUUCGAAUUGUGUACCAAGUGACAGUUGAAAACAAAAUUUGGAGUGAAAUGUUUUGAUUCGUUUGCAGAUUAACUAGCCACCUAGAAAGUUUAGGGGAAAAAAAGCUACCGGUAAAUGUCAUCUGUCCAAAACUUCCACUGUUGUCCAAAGCAUGUCACAUUUGUUUGGCAAGAAGUUGCAGCCUUCAUGUUUGUUUCUCAUUAAAGUUAAGAUCCAGGUUCCAUGCCGAAUGAUAAUGAUGAAACUUUUUUUUUCAUGACAAAACACUUGUCUGACAAGUGUAUGUAUCUUGUAAGGGACCAUAACUUAUUAUUGCAAAUUGAUAUUUUGUUCUCACAGGGUACCAAUAUCCCUGAUACAAUCCCUCAGUGCACAAAUGUACCAAUUGAGGUGUCUUACAAGUAGGUCAAACUAAAUAAAAUACUUAUUCAGAUACUUUCAUUCAGUAAUUCAUUAUUCAGUUUAAUAACAGUGGUUUAAUUGGAGACUCUAAAUUGCUCCGAGAUGUAAAUGUUAGUGAGAAAAGUUUGUUUCACACCUGUUUGUGACCUGUGAUUGACUCACAUCUUGCCUAAAGUCAACUGUGAUGGGCUCAUUUUACCCAUGAGGCGGAAAAGCUGCAUAGAAAAUGGAUGUACUCUAUCGUGCGUGGUGUUAAAAAAUGUAAAACGUUUUGUUGCAACAGCCUUUUUUUUUUUUUUUUUUUUAAAUUUUUCUCUUUAUUGUUCAUUGCAAA